AUGGCGACAUUGAAAACAACAAUCUUUAUCAUCUUCAUUCUCUAUAUCUCAUGUACAAUGUUUGUAAAUAUCUUUAGAGUUCAAGCCGAUGCAUCAUGCUUGACAACAAAAGAGUGUGUGGUGCGUUGUUCAGACGAAGAUGCACAGUGUAUUCAUGGCGAGUGCCAUUGUCCGCACCUAAAAGUCGACAUUGAGCCGACCAAGGCGAUACGGUGCAAGACUGAUCUUGAUUGUCCUGAUCCUCAUCAAUGCCCUAAAUAUGAUUAUUAUGCAUGCCUUAAUAAUGGAGAAUGUACUUGUAUCUCUGUUUAA